AUGAUAGUCUUCAUUUUCUUCGCUGUGGGGCUAUGCUUGGACAAUGAGUCCACUUCCCAAACCAUUGAUUGUACCUAUUUAAGAGAACUCUGCCUAAGUGAUGCAGAUGGAUGUAAACAUGCCUGGAGAAUAAUGGAAGAUGCCUGCAAUGUAUCAGAUCCAGGCAACCCCUGCCAGAUGAAGGAUUCAUCCAGCUGUAAUUUAAGUAUCCGGUCUUUAGCAGAAAGCAAUUUCCAAUUUAAAAAUUGUCUCUGCUCUGAUGACCUCUACUGUACCAUUAAGAAAUUGCUUGGAAAAAAAUGCAUCAACAAAUCAGAUAACAUGAAAGAGGAUAAUAAAUUCAAGUGGAAUCUAACUACUCUUUCCUAUCAUGGAAUCAGAGGGAUCAGGUCCUGUUUGGAAGUGGCGAAGGAGUGUGUGGCGGAUGUGCUCUGUAACACACAGUUGGCCCUUUACCUGAAAGCUUGCUCAGCAAAUGGAAACCUGUGUGAUGUGAAACACUGCCAAGCAGCCAUCCAGUUCUUCUAUCAAAAUAUGCCUUUUAACACUGCCCAGAUGUUGGCUUUUUGUGACUGUGCUCCCUCUGAUGUACCUUGUCAGCAGUCCAGAGAAGCUCUUCACAGCAAGCCAUGUGCAGUGAACAGAGUUCCAGCCCCAACUUGCCUCGAUAUAAUUCACAGCUGCCAAAAUGAUGAAUUAUGCAGGAGGCGCUAUAGAACAUUCCAGGCAAAGUGCUGGCAGCGUGUGAUAAGAAAGUGCCAUGAGGAUGAGACCUGCAUCAGCACCUUAAGCAAGCAAGACCUCACUUGCUCCGGAAGUAAUGACUGCAAAGCAGCUUACAUUGGUACCCUUGGGACAGUCCUUCAAGUGCAGUGCACAUGUAGGACCACUACCCAAAGUGAAGAAUCCUUGUGCAAGAUUUUCCAGCAUAUGCUUCAUAGAAAAUCAUGUUUCAAUUAUCUGACCCUGCAUAAUGUCAAAGGCAUUGCAUUGCAUAAAGGAAAACAUGCAAAGGGAAUAACUCUCAGCGGAUUUCAUUCCCCCUUCAAUGAAGUCAUCUAUACUGUCAUGUGCAUGACAGUCAUCUGUGGAAUUCUUCUCUUGGUGAUGGCCAAACUGAGAACCUUCAGAAUAUCAAGUAAAACAAGAGACCCUUCACCAAUCCAAAUACCUGGAGGACUCAUGAUUCAUUGA